CCUGUCUACUUUCGUCAUUGGGUCCGCAUGUUUAAAGCUGAAAGACGUGAAGCCAGCACAGACGGCUCCGCCCGGAGACGGGAUGCUAAUGGACGGCGAUGACAUCGUCAUCCUCCUCGGGAUAGAGGAAAAUGUCGCCACCAUCACCAGGGGCAAGUUCAUUCUCGAAUAUGAGCCCUGGGUUAGAAAGAGGAGCAGGAAGGAAAGGCGAAAACGUUCCGUUCCUGGGGACGGGAUGGGAUCGGUCAGCUCGGAUCGCAAAAGCGAUGCGGAAGCAGGUCCUCAAGGUAGCCCGCGGCGCAGAGCAGGACGUACCCGUCAGAGACGAGUAUGCUUCUAUUGGAUUAUGUUCGCUCCUGCUCCUCGUACAACUCCUCGGUCAAGUGCUCUUGAUCCCUCAGGGCACAUUCUUUGGCCAAAUCAUGUUCCUGUCCGCCUUCGCGGCUUCCUGGGCGUACAACUUGUACUUGUCCUCGAUGGGUAAGGAGUACAUUCAGCAAAUGUUACUCUUGGAAGUACUCAAUCUGAAUGAGCAACAUAUGCGGACGCACAGCCUGGGCACGAGAACAACUGCCGCUGUAUUCGCCUGCUUGAUACUCCAGCCUCGCAGUGUUGGCGCAGAUCAAUGGAAGAAAGCAGGUUUCGAACCAGAAGUUAUCAUCCACAAAUUCAUUCCAAAUAAUACGCCGGUGUGGAGUAGGUGGAGAGAAAAGAUCUUGGACUUAAUAAGAGACCGCAUUCGCAGCCAAGGACAUUGCGAACAUUUACUUCAGGUGGCCGACAACAAGUCUGAGACCUGUCCAUGA